GCACACACGACCUGCCUGUCCUGUCCACCCGCGUCCUCCGAGUUGUGCGUGUUUUUUUUUCCGCGCACACACGCACAUUGAUCCCCCGACUGCAAACUGAUUCUAGCCACUUACCUAUUGACGAUAGCUCGAGAUGACGGUACGUAGUGGAUAAAUAGGCGAAAUACGGAAUAGACUCUCCUCUAUCGCUAUUGACUGUCUGGUCGACUCCUACGCGUCUCGUACGUCGUACGCUUUUAGUCACGAAUCUUGGCGCGAUGACGGAUGACGGGACGGUCGAAAAGGAAAAGCACAUGAAGCAGUUGAAGCGAAAGAUGGAAUGCUGGCGGGAGAUUAUUCUGCCUUUGAAUUCCAUCCUCUUGUGGGAACGCAGCUGGCAUCCCGGGCUGAUCGUCGGACUUGUAACGGUGAUAUUCUGUACUGUAUGGAUUCUAGAACCAGCCCUGCUGACAAUGAUAUCCAUAUGUCUAUUGAUAUUCGCUCUCGUCGAUUAUCUCGUGCCCAUUUUCACCUCGGUCUUGUGCAACGCUCAAAGCUGGACAGGACAAAAGGAGAAGAAGUUGAUUGAGAUUUGUCAAAAUCUCUCUGCCACUAUGUUGCAAGUGCAAGGUAUAUGGGCAUCCAUCUCCAAAAUUCGCCACGAUCGUCCCAAUAUUUACUACAGCGCAACGAUCCUCUUUCUCAUUCUCUUCGCAUGGAUCGGUAACACGGUCAACAAUUUGCUUCUGCUUUACAUCAUAGUGAUUGCGCUUCUUCUCACGCCAGGGUUCAAACACAAAGGACGAGCGCGCUGGGCCUUGAAAUACGUAUACGAUCAUUCAAUUCGCCGUCAUUUAUCAUAAUCGUUGUUUCGUACGUAUCUCUCGCCCACUCUACAUACCUCUCUCUCUCUCUCUCUCUUCAUACUAUGAUGCAUAAUGUACAAUUUUACAUGCAUACUCACCCAACACGCGUGUACAUUUGCGCGUCAAUUUCGUUGUAAGAAUAGUCAAACGCUUCUAAUAUAAAAGAUAUAAUAUGUAUAGUUCGCUGAGAAAGAAAAGAUACAAUUGUACACAAUUAUAUCGUGUGAUAUUUAUCGUAUUCGUCAAUGUGAUUUUAUAUCUUACAUAAGUAUAUUUAAUUAUAAUCCCAAGUAUCAUCUCGUCACUUUGAGGAAUUAAUAAAACUGUUUCGUCCUUCAA